AUGGGAGAGACCGUUAUUGUCGUCACGAAUGGUGCACAAGACGCCAACGCCUCGUCGGACUCGUCGACCCUCUCCAGCAGCCAGGACGACCAGCCUCCUAUAGCGGAACCCCCCGACAUAUUAGCUAUAGAGAAGCCGCAUUGUCCUCACACCCUUUCAGCCCGGCGAGUUGCUGAGCUCCUCCAAACCGACGCCGAAGAUGGACUAAGUGUCGAGGAGGCUGCCGCCCGCUUGGCUCGGGACGGCCCCAACACUAUCAAGGGAGCAAAGGGCAUCUCCAUCUGGGAGAUCUUUCUCCAACAGGUUGCCAAUGCCUUGACUGCCGUGCUCAUCGCCGUAAUGGCGCUGUCCUUUGCCAUUCACGACUUUGUCGAAGGUGGCGUGGUCCUGGCCGUCAUUCUCCUCAAUAUCAUCGUGGGGUUGAUCCAGGACUACCGCGCUGAGCAGACAAUCCAGUCGCUCUACGCCUUGUCUACUCCCAAAUGCAAAGUCAUCCGGAAUGGGUUCAACGAUACCGUCAAGGCAGAAACCCUAGUCAAGGGUGACCUGGUCUGGCUCUCCACUGGAGACGUAGUUCCCGCCGAUUUACGUCUUGUUCAAGGCAUCAACCUCGCAACGGACGAAUCUCACCUUACGGGUGAAUCUGUAGCCAUCAGCAAGAAGCCAGAUGUCAUCUUCAACGACCCCGAUCUCCCCAUGGGUGAUCGCACAAACUUGGUCUACACUGGAAGCUCUGUGACUCGAGGCCGAGCGACUGGCAUUGUAAUAUCCACCGGCAUGAAGACCGAGGUCGGCCAGAUUGCCGAACUGCUGCGUCAAAAGAAGAAGCAGAACACUGGCUCUGGCCCCGUCAGCAGGUUCCUCAUCAACUGCUAUCAGACUAGCAGGAACAUUCUUGGCCUAGAAGGGACGCCUCUGCAAGUCACUCUCAGCAAUAGGUGGGACAUUGACGACAAUGUUCUGCUGUACGGCAUUUGCGUUGGCGUCGCCGUUAUUCCGGAGUCCCUCCUUGCCGUACUUACCGUCACUAUGGCUGUCGCUACCAAGGCAAUGGUUAAGGGUCAUGUAAUCGUUCGCCAGAUGCCGUCUCUCGAGGCCGUUGGCGGAGUGACCAACAUUUGCUCCGACAAGACCGGCACCCUCACCCAGGGACGCAUGAUUGCCCGCAAAGUGUGGCUUCGAGGCGGCCUCGUUGGGCUUAUCGAAGGCACCUCCAACCCCUAUGAUCCGAGCAGCGGCACCGUGUCGUGGUCCGGAUCACUCGUAGGAACUUGCUUCAACGCCUUUCUCGACACUCUCGUCCUAUGCAACAACUCCACCGUUAGCGACGAUGAAUGGAAGGCAGUGGGGGAGCCUACGGAGAUAGCUCUCAAAGUCUUUGCUCUGCGCUUUGGGAAGAAUAAGACUGCCGGCGAUGAACUCGUCGCAGAGCACCCCUUUGACUCGUCGUGCAAACUCAUGAGUGUUGUCUAUGGUAGAGACAUCGAUGCCAAGUCCCAAGUGUAUACCAAAGGUGCCGUUGAGGUAAUUGUGCCGAAGCUCGACGAAUCUGAAGAGCUGAAGCAGACGAUCCACGCCAUGGCGGAGGAGCUCGCUGCUGAAGGCCUCAGAGUGCUCUGCAUUGCUAACAGAACCCUGGACCGGGAGAAGGAAGACGCCCACGACCGUGCCCAGGUCGAGAGUGGCCUUCACUUCCUGGGACUUGCUGGUCUGUAUGAUCCUCCUCGUCCGGAGACGGCCGGUGCAGUGUCGCAAUGUCGUCAGGCCGGUGUUGCCGUGCACAUGGUGACGGGCGACCACAUCAAGACGGCGACAGCGAUUGCAUACGAAGUUGGCAUCUUGUCGCAUGACGUACCCUUGUCCCCGAAAACUGUCAUGUCGGCGAUCGAUUUUGGUAAUCUCACAGACGACCAGAUCGAUGCCAUGGAUACCCUUCCGCUUGUCAUUGCCAGAUGCAGCCCCCUGACCAAGGUCAGGGUCAUCAAGGCAUUGCAUCGCCGAAAGGCGUUUUGCAUCAUGACUGGUGACGGCGUCAACGAUUCGCCAGCGCUGAAACAGGCCGACGUGGGCAUAGCCAUGGGCGAUAGGGGAAGCGAUGUGGCCAAGGAAGCGUCGGACAUGGUGCUGACGGAUGACAACUUUGCAUCCAUCGUGACAGGCAUCAAGGAAGGACGCCGGCUUGCAGACAAUAUCCAAAAGUUCCUUUUGCAUCUCCUCACUUCCAACUUGGCCCAGGUCAUCCUUCUAUUGAUUGGGCUGGCGUUCAAGGAUGAGGACAAGAUCGCUGUGUUUCCGUUGUCGCCACUCGAAAUCCUAUGGGCUAACCUGGUCACCUCGUCACCCCUUGCUCUUGGCUUGGGCUUGGAAGAGGCGCAGCCAGACAUUCUGCAGCGUCCGCCCCGCAACUUGCGGUCGGGAGUCUUCACCUUGGAUCUGAUUCGGGACCAGUUCGUGUAUGGCACCUGUAUGGGGUCUCUCUGCCUGGCGGCAUUUAUGCUGGUGGCUUAUGCAUCUUCUGGACAGGGCUUUCAUGACCUGCCUAUCGACUGCAAUGAGAACGGCCACGGCCAUGACGGAUGCGGCCUCGUGUUUCGUGCGAGAGCCGCGACGUUUGCUACUCUGAGCUUUUUGCUCCUGAUUACUGCUUGGGAGGUGAAGCACUUUCAUCGCAGUCUGUUCAACAUGGACGAGAGGUGGAAGGGCCCCUUGUCUGUCUUUAAGACAAUCUAUCACAACCAUUUCUUGUUCUGGUCCGUUGUUGCGGGAUUCAUCAUUACCUUCCCCGUCAUUUACAUUCCUUACGUCAACAAGGUUGUGUUUAAGCACCAGGCAUUAACGUGGGAGUGGGGUGUCGUGUUUGGCUGCGUGGCGGUCUACAUUGUGCUCAUUGAAGCCUGGAAGGCCAUCAAGCGCCGCUUUAGCCUCGGCAUCGACAAGCAUCCCAACCAGGCAGCCAUCUCGCAGGCGUAA